UAAGGCAUGGAUUACAAAGGCAAACUUGGAAGGGGAGGGACAGUUGCUUUUUAUCUAUUCUCCUUGUCAAAGUGUGAAGGCUCCCUACCAACCUUUGGGACUUUACAGUCGGUUUUCAACCUGCAUUCCCCAGUGGAGUUGCUUCAGGCCAAGUCAGACUUCUUGUUGAUGUUUUUGCUAAAAGAGAGUAAUUUCGUUUUCCUGGUAACGCACCUGUUUACAACUCUGCCCUUCUGGAACCCAGAGCUAGUGUCUGCAGAGCGUGAGGUGCCAAGGAAAAGCGGCGAUGGGACGAUGGAGACAGUCUCCUCGCGAACUGCAGUCGUACCUGCCAAGGAGUAACCAACAAGCACAGAUUUAUGUGUACUUUUAAAGAAAGAAGCACCGUCACCACCGGCUUCCGGAGGGCGCUGUCUCUAAGGAGCGGUGGGUAGGGCGAGCGAAGCCUCGGAGAAGCCCGGGCUGUGAGCUCCUGUAACCUGGAGAGGAGGCUCCUCCAGGGGCGCUCCCUCGCGCUCGCCCUGCGCCCCCCAGCGCUGCUCUAGGCGGAGCCGCGCCGCGGUCGCUCUCUUCCCGCCCCCUGAUUCCUGCUGCUGCCGCCCAGAGGAGAGACCGGACUCUGCUUCCAGUUUCCUCCGGAGGGAGCCGGCGCUGCGGAGCCGGGAGGUGGGCGCGCGGAGGAGAAGGCGAUGAAUGAGUUCUCCCCUCCUUCCGUACUUGACUGAGUUGGCGGCGCCGCGCCCAGGUUUGCAGCUUUCUGCGCCCCAGGAGCUCGCCACUCCCGGGGUCGCCCACGCCCGCAGCGGGGACCGAAGCAGUCGCGCCCGGGGAGCCCAGGCUCUGGGGCGCCCGUCCGGCCUCAGUUGGGGGCCAAGGCGCGCGGUCCCCCGCGGAGGCUCCAGGUCGCGCCUGUCCAUGGCGUCUCGUCAGCAGACCCGGAUCCAGGCUUACCUGGAGAGGAACAAGAUCGGUCCUCUGUUUGAGGAAUUAAUGACCAAGUUAAUAACUGAGACCCCUGAUCAGCCAAUCCCAUUUCUCAUCAACCAUCUUCAGUCUAAACAAGGAAACCGUGGCCAACUGCAAAGAACUUUGUCUGGAUCUGCAGCUCUCUGGGCAGAAAGUGAAACCUCAGAAACUAAAGGAACCAGGAGAGAUUUCAGAGGCUAUGAUAAACCUUGGCAAUUAAAUGCAAAGAAGCCCAAAAAGUCAAAAAGCGACCUUGCUGUGUCUAAUAUUUCGCCUCCAUCACUGGACUCAAAAUCAUUGCCAAGGUCAGUAGAACAUCCUAGAUGGAGCUGGCGGACUAAACCAGAAAGCCGUGAUUUUGAUGAAUUGAACCACAUCCUUCAAGAGAGCGAGAAGCUGGGGAAAGCCCUUGAGAAUCUCUCUCGAAGUAUUGCAAUUUCAGAUGAACUUGAUAAGGAAGCAGUGGCUUUUAAUUCUUCUCUUCUGAGACCCCGUGUGAUUGGAGAAUGGAUUGGAAGAGAAGAAAAUGAUGCUGAUCCACUAGCUGCUGAAAUGCUGCAGCCACCAGUUCCAAGAAGUAAAAAUGAUCAGUGGGAAAGUGAAGAUAGUGGUUCCAGUGCUGCAGGAAGUUUAAAGAUGGAGCCCAAAACUAAAGGAUUAAAACAGCAGCAGCAGCAGCAUAAGAAACUUCUGGCCGCAAUGCUUUCUCAAGAUUCCUUUGAGUCCCUCCACAGCCCAACCCCAUCUGUGACAGAGGAAGAUAUUGAUAAUGAAGACGAUGCAAUGGAGUUGCUGGAGGAUCUUGAUGAUUUAAGAAUGGAAGGAGUCACAACCCUUAUACCUUCUGGGGGCAAAUUCAACCAAGGCCGUCCUGCUCAUCCUGCUGAGCCUCAGGCCAAAGUCACACUGAAUAUCUGUUCAAGGUGUGCCAGACUUCAAGGAGACAACCUGGCAGAAAGGACCGAAGGGACAUUGCCCGUACUUCAUUCUCCAGAUGACAUAAUUCCAGAUUCAUUGGAUUCUUUACCUGGAACUGAAGAAGCACUGAUGGAAGAGAUUGAAGAUUUUGAGAAAGCAUCUAAAUUAACAGCACCUGGAGAAGCCUCCAGUGGAGGAUCUUCAUUGAAAAUCUACACUGAAGAAGAUGAAUCCUUAAAGCAACUUCAAGUAAUUCAUCAACCAUGGCUCUUGCCAAGUGACACAGAAAGUGAAGGAAUAGAAGCAGAACAAGACAAACGUUCUGCUGAUCUUCUGCUUUGUGUUCCCUGCUCUUCUUGCCCCACCCUGGUGUACUCUGGUCUGUGAAAUGGGCAGAAGAAGUAGAAAAGAGUCCUUAAAGAAACUGCAAUUAAUUAAAUUCUUAUAUAUAGUCCUGAAUUUAUUUACUCUGUGUAAUUAUUUAGAGAAUGGUUAUUUUUAUAAUAUCAAUAAUAAAAGUACCAUGUAACCAGGGGAUGUCCACAUGUAUAAUCAAAGACUAUUAAACUUGGGAAAGGUCUCUGGGGUGGUCAGGAUACUUGCUGCCUUUUGACAUGGUUAGUGUCCUGGGUUUGGAUUACUUUAUAUAUAGUUAUUAGAAUCAAUAUUUGAUAUAUUAAAACAUUGCCUGAUUCAAAUAACUUUGCUUAAAUGUUUUUCUAUUUUAACUUGGCUAAGGUUUUCUACUUCUAGUUUUAUAACAUCUUCUCAUUUUUUAGACUAAUGGAUAGUAUGCUUAGAAAGAUAUGUGUGCCACUGAGGUCUCUUCAGAACUAGCUGCUUGGUAUCAUCAUCUACCAUGUGUGUUGUUUAGAGGAGUAAGAGACAUAUUCCUCAUGACUAUCUUGCCAUGAUUAUAUUCUUCAUUCCUACCAAAACAAAUAAUUGAUAUAUUAACUCAACAAAGCAGAUUAGUAAGGAAUGAAAUGCAUGUUCCUAGAGCACAUGCAAUGAAAAUUGUUGGACCACUUAUUUAAUUAUUAAAAUCAUUUAAGAUUAUUCGUUUUAAAUUUGAUGGAUGCUCACUUUUGGAAUGUGCUGUGUAUUGAUGCUAAGUAAUUAGUUCAAGUAAAUCUACUGAGUAUA